GAAGCCGGAAGCGACCGUGGGCCCCGCUAGCCCCGCGGCCCCAAACUCGGUGGUCUUGGAGGCUCCGCAGGAUGGGGGAGAAGAUGGCGGAAGAGGAGUUCUCCAAUACAACUCAUGAGGGUUUCAAUGUCACCCUMCACACCACCCUGGGUGUCACGACCAAACUGGUGCUCCCGACCCCUGCCAAGCCCAUCCUCCCUGUGCAGACAGGCGAGCAGGCCCAGCAGGAGGAGCAGUCAAGUGGCAUGACCAUUUUCUUCAGCCUUCUUGUCUUAGCUAUCUGCAUCAUAUUGGUGCAUUUACUGAUCCGAUACAGAUUGCAUUUCUUACCAGAGAGCGUUGCUGUUGUUUCUCUAGGUAUCCUCAUGGGAGCAGUUAUAAAAAUUAUAGAGUUUAAAAAACUGGCAAAUUGGAAGGAAGAAGAAAUGUUUCGACCUAAUAUGUUUUUCCUCCUCCUGCUGCCGCCUAUCAUCUUUGAGUCUGGAUACUCCUUGCACAAGGGUAACUUCUUUCAGAAUAUUGGUUCCAUCACUCUGUUUGCUGUUUUUGGUACAGCGAUCUCUGCUUUUGUAGUAGGUGGAGGAAUCUAUUUUCUGGGUCAGGCUGACGUCAUCUCUAAACUCAACAUGACAGACAGUUUCGCAUUUGGCUCCCUAAUAUCUGCUGUUGACCCCGUGGCCACUAUUGCCAUUUUCAAUGCUCUGCAUGUGGACCCCGUGCUCAACAUGCUGGUGUUUGGAGAAAGUAUUCUCAACGAUGCCGUCUCUAUUGUCUUGACCAACACAGCUGAAGGUUUAACAAGAAAGAAUACGUCAGAUGUCAGUGGGUGGCAAACAUUUUUACAAGCCCUUGGCUACUUCCUCAAAAUGUUCUUUGGCUCUGCGGCACUCGGCACCCUCACUGGCUUGAUUUCUGCAUUAGUGCUAAAGCACAUUGACUUGAGGAAAACGCCUUCCUUGGAGUUUGGCAUGAUGAUCAUUUUUGCCUAUCUGCCUUAUGGGCUUGCAGAAGGAAUCUCACUCUCAGGCAUCAUGGCCAUCCUGUUCUCUGGCAUCGUGAUGUCGCACUACACGCACCAUAACCUCUCCCCCGUCACCCAGAUCCUCAUGCAGCAAACCCUCCGGACCGUGGCCUUCUUGUGCGAAACAUGUGUGUUUGCAUUUCUUGGCCUGUCCAUUUUUAGUUUCCCUCACAAGUUUGAAAUUUCCUUUGUCAUCUGGUGCAUAGUGCUCGUGCUGUUCGGCAGAGCCGUCAACAUUUUCCCGCUUUCCUACCUCCUGAACUUCUUCCGCGAUCACAAGAUCACCCCGAAGAUGAUGUUCAUCAUGUGGUUUAGCGGCCUGCGGGGGGCCAUCCCUUAUGCCCUGAGCCUGCACCUGGACCUGGAGCCCAUGGAGAAGCGGCAGCUGAUCGGCACCACCACCAUCGUCAUUGUGCUCUUCACCAUCCUGCUGCUGGGCGGCAGCACCAUGCCCCUCAUCCGCCUCAUGGACAUCGAGGACGCCAAGGCGCGCCGCAGGAGCAAGAAGGACGUCAACCUCAGCAAGACGGAGAAGAUGGGCAACACCAUCGAGUCCGAGCACCUGUCGGAGCUCACCGAGGAGGAGUACGAGGCCCACUACAUCCGGCGGCAGGACCUCAAGGGCUUCAUGUGGCUGGAYGCCAAGUACCUGAACCCCUUCUUCACACGGAGGCUGACACAAGAGGACCUCCAUCAUGGGCGCAUCCAGAUGAAGAGCCUCACCAACAAGUGGUAUGAGGAGGUGCGCCAGGGCCCGUCGGGCUCUGAGGACGACGAGCAGGAGCUGUUCUGACCGAGCUGGGUGCCGCGCCUUCUGGCAGACAGGGCCCAGGCGGGCCUUGCCACCCACAGACACGGAGCGUGGCCCUGGAAGUACUUGCACUUGGCAGCCUCUUCAGGGUGUCAGAAGGAGAGUGACAUGAGGCUGCGGAAUCUUCUUAGCCUGCAGUUUUCCAGGCCUUUGGAAACACUCAUCUCCCCACUCCUCACUGAGCAGGGCCUCCACAAAGUGGAGUGGCCGCCGUCACAGGUAGUGCCCCCUCCUGCUUCUGCAGCCCCUGUGCAGCCCCUAAGAGAGCGGUUCCGCCUGGACAGGGAAGCCCKAGCCAGGGCCUGCAGGGAGCGCUGAACCUGGAGCCUGGGGGUCAGGGUCUGAGUCGGUGCCACUCCCCAGCUGAGUCUGCUCCAGGGGCUGGUGAGGAGCAGAGUCGGUGGCGGCAGCAGUGGUUCUGASCCUCGUGCAGGCUCAGAAAGCCAGAAACCUCAACCCCCUGAGAAGGAAAAACUGAGCGACCCUUUUUCUUUACCUCUGAUUGGCACCUCACCGCCUGUCUUCCGGGGCAGGCAGCUGCUGCCCUGCUCUGGGCUUAUCGUGAAUGUUUACACUAGUGCCCACCUUGAGGGCUGGGCCYUUCUUUGAGCCUGGUUGGAAGCUGCAGUCCUGGGUCUCAGGCUGGGGCAUUGGGCUCUUUUGUGGGGUCAGAGCGCCCCCUAGAGAGAAGCUGGAAAAUGGUGUCUGUGGCCAGCCAUGGCUGCCUUGAUUCCGUUUCAGUUGAUGCACUUUACCAAGUCCAGGAGUCUGGUAGCCUCCUGCCUCGGCCGGCAUCCCGUCUCCCUCGCUGGGUCCUGGUGCUCCAGUGUUCUCGUUCAUCCAGUCCGAGGUCCUUUGCCAGCUGUAUGUCCACCUGCCAUUACCUGCUGCCACCUUCACUGCUGUUUAGGGUUCUGUUCUCUUCAUUUCCCCACCAUCUUGGUUUCUGUCCRUCUCCCAUGCUGGGGUGCCAGCUCCCCACCCAGAGGUACCGUCUCGGGCCCUGCCUCCCCUGCCACCUCAGGGUGAGAAGCUGCCAGUCGUUUCCAUGUGACCCACACCCCGUUCCCACCCACCUUUCGUGUAACUGCUCCACUGCGCCCAUCCACAGGCGUGGACAACGUUCCCCUGUGGCUCCGGGUCCCAGCUGGAGUCGAGAGCAGAACCCUCAGGUGAUUCAGUUCAUCACGUGCAUGUCCUUGGCUCUCAGUGGGACACUGUGGGCCCAGGUCUGUAUGGGCCAGCAUGCCUUGGACUGGUAGAAGGUGUAUUUCCCUGUCUUGUGCCCCAGGCAGGGUGACUCUGGAAGUCGGGUUGGACCGACUGCAGACCCCCUAGGAUUUUUGCCAGGCCCAGCCCUCACUGCUCACCUUGCCUAGAACUUGUCGCUGUCAGGCAGGAAGCYGCGUUUGCUUUUAUGCAUGAGAAGUGAGUUUGUGCUUGAUAGAGCUAACGCGUGGUCUUUUCCUUCCUAGAGUCCCACACCUUGACCCCAUAGUUCAAGCCAUCCCAUUGCCUUGCAUAAUUUUGUUUUCCACAUUUCUUUGCUGUGGAAGAAGAGGUCAGAGAAGGGGACCUUCGCCCUUGCCUGAGAAUAGGCAGGGAGCUGAGACCAGGUUGAUGGCUUAGCCCAGCUCAGAGCUAACUUCUCUUCUCCCCUGAAAUCCAGGGUCUGAUAUCAGAGAUGAAGGUUGUUUUGCAAGCUCAGUAACUUGCCAAGAUUUUCUUUUUUUAAUCUUAGAUUUAUAGACGAAGCAAUGAGACAGAUGGAGUCUUCUCAGUUCAGACUAUUGUCAUCAGGUCCAAUGGCCCAGCCACAACAUGCCUUGUCCUCCCACUUUUUGCUGAGACCUGAGAAUGUCAUGGUGGCGAGCAUCUGUGGGGUCURGUGGAAAGGCCACCAGGCUUUGCUGGUGGGGAGGGUGGGACCUUUCCUGGGCGCUACCAGCACUAGCCUGGGUCUCCUGUGAGUCUCCUCUGCCCCCUGCUGRUAAGGGAGGGUUUAGCAGCCUGGAAGAGCAACCCCAGAGUUGAGGGUGACCAGCUUCGAUUUGUAGUAAGCAGAAGGCCCUGGAGGUGUGUUUUUCAGGUGGAGUAUCACUUCAGGCGGUAAAUAAAUGUAGAAGAUAUAAAAGGAUCCAGUUUUGCUAUACCUUCCCGCCUGCUUCAGAUCUAGCCAAGAGRCAGGACAGCUGUGGCUCAGAAGGUAUUGCUUUAGAGUGAGGUAAGAGCCAUGAGUGCCCCUGGGAAUGCUGGCCCUGUAGCCAGUAAACCAAGAUGUGCCACAGCAGGCCUGUGCCCCCGACACCCCACUUCCUGGGAUAAAUCGUACGCUCAGUGUCACCUGUGGUUGUAGGACCUCUUGGAACAACCACACCCUGCAACUUGAGGUUGGAGUCUUCAGGAGCUUUUCCUAAGUCCCCAGGGGUCAAGUCAGCUGUGGGCUGGACCAGGCUGGGGACAGCUGAGCCCAUUGGUGCCCAGCCUCUCAGCCCAGGAGCAGAGCCGAAGCCCUCCAGUCCUCAGCCCAAGCCACCGGCCCUCUCACAGUGGGGCUGUAGCAGGGCCCUGCCUGGCCCAGAACGUGGCAGCCCCAGGCAGCGCAGACGUAUAUGCCUUUGUGUGCGGUGGAUGCCAGACGGGCGAGUGGGGGCCUCCUUGACGCUGGCCAGAUAUCCCUAUGCCUCAGCAAGACCUGGCCUCCUGAGUCUUGGUCCCUGUUUCCCUGGACGCACACCCCGGCAGAGCUCUCAGCAGGGUAGCUGUUCCAGGACCCCASUAGCUUGGCAGUCCAGGGACUGGCAAAGCCCAGGUAGACAGUUGCCCCCGAUUCCAGCUGGAGAAUCUCAUAGCUCUCUGCUAUAGGGUAGGAUUUUAAAAUACAAAAUAGGGUCCCCUCCCCAUUCCCUCYAAAAUGCAGCCAUGUGUUUCCCCUGCUGGUUGGAGCGUCAGAAGCUGAAUCUGGGAUGUUCSCAACACUGCAGCCAGAGUCAUUAGGGUGUCCUCCCAGGACUCCACCUCCAGGGCCCAGGCCUAAGUACAGGCUCCCAGAGAAUAAGGAGCUAGCUCCUGGCUGGUUCCCACCGUUUCUCAAAUGCAUAUUCAUGGGCCACCGAGGAAAGACUUUCUAACAUGGCCUGCCCCAUCCCAUUUCCCCACCAUCCCAGGGCCCUUACCCACGGUGUGGACUCUCAGCUCUGCAGGCAGGAGGCUGCUGGGAGCCCCUCAGGGCUGUGGGGCUGGAAGGAAAAAUGUGCUUGGUGGCCAGAGGAAAGAAGCCACUUGCACAUGACAAGGGAGGGAUGGUUGGGAGGCCCCAGCCUCCACCAGAGGCUCCAGUGCCCCCGCUACAGUUCCCACAAGGCCUGAUCUUUUCUCACGGCCAAUAGGAGUCUUGUGUUUUUUUUCAUAUUUUCUCUAAAAAUUAAGGUUUGUGUAAUUMAGUUUGGGUUUUUCAUUGUUUAUUUUUUCUUUAAGGA